AUGGCUCAUCAUGAGGAUUUCAACACAGUGUUGCAUCCUGAAGACAGACAAUUUGGAGCCCCUGUACAGGAGGUGGGAAUCAGAGAUUUCAGGGGCUUUCUGUUUGAUACUGGUAUGACUGAAUUACAGUUUAUGGGUAGAAACUAUACUUGGACAAACAAUCAUGUCUACAGUAAAAUUGAUAGAGCAAUAGUAAAUGGAGAUUGGAUGACCACAAUGCCAACAUUGCAAGUGCGAGUAAUGGAACCAUACUUCUCGGAUCAUUCCCCUCUAAGCAUCCAAUUUGGAAGGAGAAGAGGCAAUGGAGGAAAACCAUUUAGAUUUUUGAACUGCCUAGCAGAUGAUGAAAGGUUUAUUCCCUUGAUAAAACAGUGUUGGUGCAAAGAAGAGAAUUUGAGCAGCAUGGGCAGUAUCUGGGCAAAACUUAAAGAGGUCAAGCAAGAGCAUAAGACAUUAAAUACACAACACUAUAUGGGAGUAGAUAAGAAGCUGAAAUAUCUUAGGGACCAAUUAGAGGAAGUCCAGGAGAAGAUGGAUACCAACUUGAGGCAACAUGAGCUAAUUGAGGAAGAAAAAAAGUUGAAAAACCAAAUACAGAAGUGUGACCAUAUUGAAGAAAGUAUAUAUAGACAGAAGUCUAGGGUGAAAUGGUUACAAAUUGGAGACUCAAAUUCAGCAUAUUUCUUCGCAAAUAUCAAGGCUAGGAACUCACAGAACUACAUAAGGGGUUGA